ACCUGCCGGCGCAGCCGCGGGCCCUCCCGGCGUCAAUCAUUAACCGGCCGCGCAGCCGCCGCGGGGAAACCCGAGCCCGCGGCGCCAGGCGAGCCCGGCCCGACGGCGGCGGGAGGCGGGGCGCGGGCAGCGGGCGGCGUGCGCCAUGGACGCAGGAGCCGAUGCAGAAGGGGGCGGUGGCCCCGCAGCCUCCGAGGACCCCCGGAGCCCCGCGCUCCCGCAGCUCCCGUGUCGCCCGCGGCUCCUGGAUGAGGACGGAGGGCCCAGCAAGGAGGUGGCCAUGGAUGGGGGCAGCACCCCGGCUGCAGAGGAACCUCCGGCCGAUGCCCAGGCCGAGGCCGAGGCCGUGGCUGCGUCCCCCGCCCAGGCUGAGGCUGCGGGCGAGGCCCAGCAGGGGCCCAAGGUGGCAGCCGGCGGGGUGCCCAACAUCGGCUUCGUGGGCGAGCCCCCACCCUACGCGCCACCGGACCCCAAGGCCGUGCACCUGCUGUACCCGCCCUUCCCACAGGGGCCGGUCCUCUUCCAGCCCGGGCCCUCGCCCCAGGCCCUGUACCCACCGCCGCCGGCCGCGCCCCUGUACCCCGCGCCCGCUGCGCCGCCGCUUUUCACACCCUUCCCGGUGUACAACGGCCCCGUGGCCGGCAUGUCAGCCCCCGCCACUGCCGCCGAGCACAGGCCGCGGCCCAAGGACCACAUGAUGGAGUCGGUGCUGGUGACGCUCUUCUGCUGCCUGCUCACGGGGCUCAUCGCCGUCGUGUACUCGCACGAGACCCGCGCGGCCCUGAGCAGGGGGGACCUGGCGCAGGCGGAGGAGGCGUCCCGCAAGGCCCGCUCGCUCGUGCUCUUCAGCCUGCUCUUCGGGGUGUUCGUGUCCGCCGGCUGGGUCAUCUACGUGCUGGUGGCGCUCUACCUGCCCUGAGGGCCGCGGCGACGCACAGGGACACCCAAGCCGCACGGACUCUGUCUGUGGACUCUGAGCCCUGCCGGUGGCCACCUGUCGCCUACAGAGGGGCCCCGGGGGCAGGAACAGCUGGGGUGUGGCGCCCUCGGCACAGCCACGGCGGGGCCUCACCCCUCCCGGUGGCCCCCCGGCCGCGUCCUAACUGACCUGCUGCGGGGCCCGGGCCCGUCGGAGCCCCCGGCCUCCGUGCUUCCUCCCGAGGUCUUUUGGGGGCCGCACUGGCUGGGCCCCCAGGGCCCUUGCCUCCCCCUCCCACCCGGGAGACCACCGGAGGGACCAGAGCUCUCCUUGUCCUCCGAGCCGACCCCGGCCCCAGCCACCUGCAGUCCGGCCUGGUGACCGAAGGCAGAGCCGCUGGUGUAUCUUCUUCCCCGUGGGGAGCCGAGCGGCGUCCGCUCUCCUCGGUAGCUCCCGGCGGAUGGUUCUGAGCCCCUGUCCCGACCCAGGAGCCCGGCGCUCUCAUGCCGACUCUGGUGCAGGAACCAGGGCCCCCGUGUCUGGUCAAUAAACAAGAAGCCAGCCCCGGACCGAGCUUCGCCUGCUGCUUCUGGGCUCCCGUGCUGGGCGAGCGGCGGCGUCUGUGCCCCGCGGGGCUCUGGGGCUGUCCUGGCUGUGGUCAUUGAGACACUGUCUGGGGAAGGCAGCUCUGGCCGGGUCUGUUGGUUGCUCCUGUUGCGUGGCCCCUCUGCGAUGUGACCCGUUUCUCAUGGGGCUGCUUUACCAGAAACUUCUUUCUCCCCUCCGUCCCGCCUCCUGCUUACUCUCGCCGUCUGCAGUCUUCCGGUCGGCCCUACUCCCACUCCUCCGGGCCCUGACUUUAUCGCCCACCCAUGGAGGCUCCCCUGGGGGUCCCCUGUGUGGCGAGGGCCACCCUGGCCGGGGAGCACUCAGGUCGCCCCAGAGGCUGCUGGUGGCCUGUAGCGGUGCACGUGCGUGUCUCUGCUUCGUGCCUGGUACCCCCCGGUCAGCCGUGGUCCUGAGAAUGGCCUUCCGCGCUAGCAAGACUCAGAACCGUCUGCAGAGGAAGGGGGCUUGGGGAGUGGGGCGCGGAGGCCUCCUGCAGCUUCCCGGCCCUUGACCUUCCCACUUGUCCAGGCCCCGGCCCCAGACUUGCCUUCAGAGAAGCUCUUCCCUCCCUUCCCCCGUUCCUUUCCUUUCUUCUCUUCUCCUCCCCCCUCCCUUCCU